CAAGAACCCCAAACGCACACUGCAGCAGGCACAAAGCCAAAGCAGAAAAAAAAAACAGAAAAAAGAAAAGCAGAGGUCCUAAUUUUUCUCACUUCCUCAUUACAUUCUCUAUCAAAACUUAAUCAGCUUUGCAAGAUAUCAUGUGCAACCCAAAGCCCUCUUCCCCUUCCUCAUUUCUCUCUUCCAACAAAACCCAUUUCAUCAUGAACUCCAACAAAACCAUGGACCUCCACGCUGCAGCUGAUGAUGAUGAUCAAGAGCUUCAUAGAUGGCCUACUCUUUCUGAGGCUUUACAAGAAAUCAAGGCCAUAGGGAAGAUCUCUGGUCCAACCACCAUCACAGGUCUGCUUUUGUACUCAAGAGCCAUGAUCUCCAUGCUUUUCCUUGGCUAUCUUGGUGAGCUUGAGCUUGCUGGUGGCUCUCUCUCAAUUGGGUUUGCCAACAUCACUGGUUACUCUGUCAUCUCAGGCCUUGCCAUGGGAAUGGAACCCAUCUGUGGACAAGCUUAUGGAGCCAAGCAAAUGAAGCUUCUUGGCCUAACCCUUCAAAGAACUGUCCUUCUCUUGCUCUCGACCUCCAUUCCCAUCUCCUUCAUGUGGCUUAACAUGAAAAGAGUCCUCCUUUGGUGUGGCCAAGAUGAAGAGAUUUCAUCUGUGGCUCAUACUUUCAUUCUCUUCUCCAUUCCUGACCUCUUCUUUCUCUCACUUCUUCACCCCCUAAGAAUUUAUCUGCGCACCCAAAACAUCACAUUACCAUUGACUUACUGUUCAGCCAUCUCUGUUGUCCUUCAUGUCCCUCUAAAUUUCCUCCUUGUGGUCAAAUUCAACAUGGGGAUUUCAGGGGUUGCCAUAGCCAUGGUUUGGUUUAAUCUCAACCUCUUCAUCUUGCUCUCUUCCUUCACAUAUUUCUCCAAUGUUUAUAAGGACUCCUGGGUUUGCCCGAGCACCGAUUGCAUCCGAGGCUGGUCUUCUUUGCUAGCUCUGGCAAUUCCAACUUGCAUCUCUGUUUGCCUGGAAUGGUGGUGGUACGAGCUCAUGAUAAUGCUGUGUGGGCUACUAGCCAACCCGAAAGCCACCAUUGCUUCAAUGGGGAUACUAAUCCAAACCACUGCUCUUGUCUAUGUGUUUCCAUCAUCUCUAAGCCUCGGCGUCUCCACAAGAGUUGGGAAUGAAUUGGGGGCGAAUCGAGCUGCAAAAGCCCGCAUUUCCACGAUCGUCUCUCUCGCUUGCGCGGUGGCCUUAGGCCUGUUAGCCAUGUUGUUCACAACACUCAUGAGGCACCAAUGGGGGAGGUUCUUCACCAGCGACCCUGAAAUCCUUGAGCUCACGGCCAUUGCAUUGCCAAUAGUAGGGCUUUGUGAGCUGGGGAACUGCCCACAAACCACAGGCUGUGGUGUUUUGAGGGGAAGUGCUAGGCCUACCAUUGGAGCCAACAUCAAUUUGGGGUCUUUCUACUUGGUUGGCAUGCCUGUGGCCAUGCUCAUGGGGUUUGUGGUCAAAAUGGGGUUUGCAGGGCUCUGGCUUGGAUUGCUUGCAGCUCAAGGCUCUUGUGCCUUGCUCAUGUUUUAUGUUCUUCGCACAACAGAUUGGAAUGCUCAAGUGAAAAGAGCAAGAGAGCUCACCCAAGCUUCUGCUUCUAGUUCUACAACUCCUCCAAUAUUACCAAUAUCUUCUUCACCACCAGGGUCUAAAAAUUCUAAGGAACCCAGCAAGAAGCUGCAGGUUGAAGAUGAUGAUGAUGAGGUUGUGAAGUCAGCAGAGACACUUGAAACUGACCCUCUGAUCAUAUGAAAUCAUCUGCUAAAAAUUAACAGUAUAUUACUGUGCAUUAAUCAUCAGAGCUAAUUUAAGUCACACUAGUUUCACCAUUUUUGUAUUCCCCUCUUGAGGAACUUGAUGUGAAAAUUAAUUUAUCAGAGUUCCAUUAAUCCAACACCACUGAAUCUUCUUUUAUUUUAUCUCUUAUUAUAUAUUCU